AUGGCAUCGUCUGGCGGCAAGCCGACGCCAGGAGGCUCGCAAGCGCGGCGAGUAACACGAAACAGCACCCCAUCGAUAGGCAAUGCUGGCAGUGACGCAGCGUACAGGGCAGCACUCGAAAAGAUAGACAACAUUGAAAGCGCUGUCGAGCUCCUUGAAUCUAAGGAAUUGAUCCCUGGAGGCCAACCACCAAGUCUGCUAAUGAUACGUGAUGGCCUACUGCAUCUCGCUCGCUCAGCCGCCCCUGCUGCCAUCACCAUGGAGUGCCUUGUCGCAUUCUCUCGGAUUGCAGACGCUGUCGACACGGACCAGAUCACCUCGGAAGUGGCGAACCAAGUCUGCCACAAGACCAUGGUGGCUUACAACAUACUCGAUGAAGGAAUUGACAAGCUUGAACACACUCGGACCGAACUGGAAGGGUGUGUGAAUCGAGCAAAGGAACAGGUGCGUGACCUUGACCAGUAUCGAAAGGAUAUCCAGGUAGAGAUAGUAAAGGGAGUGGAGAUGCUAGCAGACGCCUCUAGACAAGCUCUUAAGGAGCUGCAACAGAGUGCGAGACCC